GGCGCGUGCGUGCAGGAUCUGCCUAAUUCGUGCAUUGACGCUCACUUCGCGCUUGGCGAGAUCUGUCCUGAGAACAACGCUCGGCCCCUCGAGGUCGUGUGGACAUGGGUUAACGGAUCCGAUAUACUCUUGGGGGAAGCCAAGAGCCUCGCACAGAGCCAGUUUGGACCGAAAGACCCGUACAGACCCUUGCGAUCGGACGCACAAGCGCGACUCUAUCGCGAUCAUGACGAACUCAGGUUCUCUAUGCGCUCGGUCUUGGCCAACUUUAGGCAAUACGCAGGCCGAUUCCAUCUCAUCACGGCCGACUUCCCGAUGCCUCAAUGGCUCGCCGAGAGAAGCAAUAUAUCUGAUCCAAAGUCAUGGCGAUUAGGACAGAUGCCACAAUGGCUAGAUACAAACAAUCGACUCGCGCACAACAUGUGGCAGGACGGAAACACACAACUUUCUAUCACACACCAUGCACAAAUCUUCCGCCCCUAUACAGGGACUAACUUCAACAGUCUCGCUAUCGAGUCACAACUCGGCCAUAUGGAAAACGUUUCAGAUUAUUUGAUUGAUCUUCACACCAUGCAGAAUGACGACCUUUUCAUGAUCAACCCAUUGUCGCCCAUUAGCUUCUACACGCCAGCGUAUGGAGUUGUCCUGCACAUGCAGCCGGAUCUUCUCGUCAAUCCCGACAGACUACGUGGGAACAACCAAGGAGAAUGGCGUAGCCUCGGCGAGAGCAACUUUCUUCUAAGCAAGCGGUUCGGUCGCCGAUACCGUCCAUAUGUCGCCCACGAAGCCAAGGUCGCCUCUCGCGCUCUCCUACACGAGAUGGCCACCUGGCCCCAGUCGUUCGCGGCCUCCGCGGCGCAUCCCUUCCGAGAGACAGCAGACGGCGACGGAGACGUGAAUGCGUUCUUUAUGCAUGCGCACUUUAUUGUCGAGCGUGCACGAGAAGCGCUCCUGUGGAGCUGGGUCGUCGGACGGGUCGGCGCCCUCAAUGGGACCUGGGGCGAAGCGGAGGCUCGGCGCGCUUGGGAGGAAAUCGGUGGCGCCUGGGGGGAGAGCGAUUUGCUCGUGGAGACUAGCCAUCGGGAUACGCUCACAAGGGAAAGGGUCGAGAGGGUCCUGUUACAGAUAUCCGCUGCCGAGCUUGACCUCGUAUUCAUUCUGUAUGUGUCAUCUCUCGACGGUUACGCGUACGCUGGUCUGGGUGCCUAUGGCCGGCCAGAAUGGGUGUCAUUUGCCCCGGAGAUCAAUGAGGGCCACCUGCCCAGGUGCAGGAUAUCCUAUGAGAAGUGUUUCGCGAUGGAACAUCCGGAGUCUGAAGGUCAACAGCGACGUGCAAGCGAAAUCUUUACGGAUAUCGCAUUCCGGAAUGAGGCUUGUGGAGAUUGCGUGGUUCUGGCGCUUACAAAAGCAAGCGGCAGCCAUGGCUUGUCGGCUUUCCUUCCUGCUUCCGAUCGUGUUCUUCCACCAGUGGACAAUGAGGAUGGCGAGCGAGAGGUGCCCCAUCUCCCCCUAGUCGCAAACUGGGAAGACGGCGACUUCUCCCUAUUUGCUGUCAUGGGCAUGAAGCGAGAGCUGAAUGUAAGACAGUGGGUGCUGCAGCUCCUACAACGCUACCGCUAUGUGAUAGGUGAUACACCGUCACUCUUCGAACGCGUCUCGAGCCCCCAAGGAGCGGUGCAAGUCGUUGCACAUAUCGAGCGAACACCCCAUGUGGCUCUGCUUUGCAUCAAUGACGAUGCCAUGAAGGAGAGCCUGACUUCCCAGGUGAAACAGGUGUUGAAAAUAUGGUUCAAUAGAUGCUGGAAGAAGCCUGCCACUUGGGAACAGCGGUGACAGGGUCGAGCAUUCCUCGCAUUCGGGUUGAUGUAAGUUGUGAUUCGUAGUUCCUGCUGAUGUUACAUAGGCACAGAUUUCUAUAACAAAUGUCAAGCUACA